AUGUCUAGUGACGUGCCUCUCCCGGAUGAUGUCGUCGCUGACAAUUUGUCUGCCACACCGCCUGUUUUCCAACUUCCACUCGAGUUGGAACGAGAAAUUUUUGUCCAUGGACGAUACUCUAUCCAAGACGACACGCAUACGGAAGCGGCCGAUUCAUAUUCGGGCCACGAAAGAUUUGCCUCGUCAGGCAUCAAACCGACUACAUCGAAUGCCUUAGAUUUGGACCACGAAGCAACACCUACGGUUGAUGCGCCAGAUGUGGCCAUGAAAGCAUUGACAUGGAGCCAUAUCUGUGGGCGAUACCGCCACGCUGCCAUUGGAGAUCCUAGACUGUGGCUCGACAUUCAAAUCAAGCCCGGUCAUCUCGACGUGGCGAAGAGCUUCGUCGGGUGGUCGAACGAUCAGGCCAUUCGCAUCCGCAUUCUCCGUAUCCUCGAUUUCAGCGACCCAGACCUAGACCAGCUACAAUCAAUUUUAAUUUCCCACUCCAAACGAAUUUGCACCCUAGCGCUGGAUAUCAACCACCCGGCCCCGACAUCAAACCCUACGUGGAUCGAUGCGCCUUCCUGCGUAUUUGCGACUCCUUUUCCAGGUCUCAAUCGCCUGGAGUUGACUUCCGACGAAGGCUGUGAAACCUGGCUUUUCCACUUGAUCGAUGCCGCUUCGGAGUUGUUUAGGCAGCUAAAGGCCUUAAUCAUUCGGACCCAUUGGAGAGGAGGCGUGUUGCCACCACCGGAUCCUACUCGGCAGCCGGUAAGGUUGAACAAUCUGGAGACCCUUGAGAUAACAACAACAGCGACGGCGUUCAGCACAAAUCUGUUGCACGCGUUCUUCUGUCCCUCUUCUGCCACGAUUCGCCUAACGUACAUCGGCCACGCUUCAUCUCAGGGCUCACCGGGUACCGAAACAGUCUCCUUCCGUUUCUCCGGGACCCAUUCCCCUGCACUCACAAGGGUUGUGUUAGAUGUACGCACAGCCACACUUGAUUCAGUCUCGUCCCAUUUUCGGCAUGAGUUUCAGCGCAGUGGACAAGAUUUCGGCGAGGUAGUUGCAGAAGCAACAGCGGUGUAUUUCGAGAAUGCCCGAGACUUGAACAUUACCCUAUUCAGUGGAGUCGAGUUCGAUGAACAGAUCUGGACGCAAUUGCUGCGGCCGAUGGAUUGGACCGCGAAGUUUCGCUCUCUCAGCCUAAACAAAGUUCGCCGUCCGUCACAGGGCUCUUGGCGGUGGAUCGCAGUCCCCUCAACUGCGGACGAUCUACAGCUCGUCAAUGUACCUGUAGUGAACCUUGGAGGUGCAAUGGCAGCUUAG